AUGUUCGCGGGAUUGCUCUGUACGCCGGUAAAAGGGCUGGCGAAGGCUAGUAUCGCGGUGGUUGUGGCCGGAGCACAGGCAGAGGGAGAGGACGACGAGAGGCGACUGCUCGGAUGGGUUUCUCGGCUCUGUCUCACUGUCGGCACCCGCUGCGAGAGGAUGCUGAAAUGGGCAUCCAAGAUUUCCAGUUCCCACAAAAAUCAGGCGGAGCGUGUGGAACAGAGCCUCUGUUUAUCUGUUAGCGACGUGGCUCAGCGCCGUGCGAAUGGCGGCAGUUGUUUCCCGGAUGCUAAACCAGGCGUCCACCUUGAGCUUCUUCUUUCCAGUGGCCUAGUCGGUGAUGAGAUAGAAAUCGAGGUUCAGGCGGCCGUAGUGCGCGUGUGA